AUGCGUCAAAGGAGCACCGUGCGUAACGGGAGAGUCGUGCGUAACUGGAGACAGAUUUCACUCCAUUUUGCGCGAGGAUUCUGGGGACCACUGGCGGUGUAACGUUCACUUGCAAGGACACUGAUCGCUGGGACCCGACAUAUUCCUCUUCUGAAACACCUCACAGCUCGCCUUUUCUCCCUCCCUCUCUUUUCUCUACGCCAGUUGUACGUCAGUGCUGACAUGACGACCGAGACCCCUCAGCAGCAGCUGGACCCUCCGCCUCCUCUGAGAUCCAGCCCGGCGUCCAGCGUCCUGCAUCCCGCCAUGCUGAGCCCACAAGCCGCCACAGAAAGUUCGUCCACUGCCGGCAAAGGAAAGAAGACGAGCUCUGGUUUAAGGCGGCCGGAGAAGCCCCCGUAUUCCUACAUCGCUCUCAUCGUUAUGGCAAUACAGAGCUCCCCCACCAAACGGCUGACACUCAGUGAGAUCUACCAGUUCCUCCAGGCUCGCUUCCCUUUCUUCAGGGGUUCAUAUCAGGGCUGGAAGAACUCAGUCAGACAUAAUCUUUCACUAAACGAAUGCUUCAUCAAGCUGCCCAAAGGGCUGGGCAGGCCGGGGAAAGGCCACUACUGGACCAUCGAUCCUGGCAGUGAGUUCAUGUUCGAGGAAGGUUCGUUUCGUCGCAGACCCAGAGGUUUUAGAAGAAAAUGUCAAGCUCUGAAGCCCAUGUAUCGGAUGAUGAAUGGCAUAGGCUUCGGCACAUCAAUUCUUCCACAAAGCUUUGACUUCCAGGCUCCGUCCGCCACCCUCGCCUGUCACAGUAACAGCUAUAACUUGGACAUGAUGAGCAAUUCAAUGGCCGGGGGGUACGACGGGCUGAGCGGCGGCCACCAUGUACCUCACAUGUCCCCGAGCCCCGGAUCCACGUACAUGGCAAGCUGUCCUGUGCCUCCGAACGGGGAGUACGGGCCGGACAGCAGCAGCAGUCCGGUACCGUCCUCUCCAGCGAUGGCCAGCGCACUGGACGGCCAUUCUCCGUACGCCAGUACAUCCGCACACUGGGCGUCCUCCGGCGGGUCUCCCUACAUCAAACAGCAGCCUCUCGCCUCCAGCAGCCCAGCAUCCUCUGGUUUACACUCCGGCAUGUCUCCUUACUCCCUGGAGCAGAGUUAUCUUCACCAGAACAGCAGGGACAGCCACUCCACUGACAUAUCAGUGGGGAUUCCACGCUAUCAGAGCCACUCCUCGGUGUGCGACAGGAAAGAUUUUGUGUUGAACUUUAACGGCAUCUCGUCCUUCCACCCCUCGGCCGGUGGAUCCUACUAUCACCACCACCACCACCACCAUCCCCAGAGCGUGUGUCAGGACAUCAAACCGUGCGUGAUGUGA